UAACGCGGAAACAAAUAUCCUAAAUUCCGUGGAGGCUUAUAUGUUUAUAAAUAUCAUCCACGCUCAAACCUUUAUUCACGCGGAAACAACGAUUCCAUAAUUUGGCUUUGUCUAGAAGGGAAGAAACAGCAAGAAAAAGAAGAAGGAUGUGUUUGGUGUUUGUGUGCGAUCAAGACGAGAGGGUGAUCGGAAGGUACGCAGCUCCUGGAGCGUGUCCGUAUUGCGGCGGAGCGGUUCAAGUGGUUGACGUUAAUAGCCAAUGGAGAUUCUGUUUCGUUCCUCUCUCUAAUAAAAACAAACGUCGCCAUCUCUGUUCCACUUGCGGUAAACGCCUCGUCGUCCAUGGCUGAAACCCACCACACAAAAAAAAAACCUUCCACUUCCUCCGAAGAGAUCAUUUCUACUUUUGUAAAUACCCAAAUUUCUUACUUGUUUUGUGUAUCGUGUUUGUAAACGUUUGUAACAGAACAAAAGAACAUGUCUACUGUUCUAUAAUUUUCUCAGUAUAUAUGUAUGAAUCAUAAUUAUGAAGAAAAUGAGAUUUUUAAGAAA